CUUCCGAUCUGUCGACUGCAGCAGUUCACGCCAGUUGCCGCAGUGAGGAUCACAUUGUGCACAAUAGUAGUAAUUCGGUCGAUGCUGAGCACAGAAGAAACCCAUUUCGAGUAAUGGAGCUAAAUAGUGUUGCGAUUGGGGAUGGAGUUGGAGCGGAAGCAGCCAAGUCAACUGAUUUUAACGGCAGGCCAACGCCUGUGGGCGGGGCGCCCACUGAGAGCCCUCCGGCACCACAUGCUGAGAAAUCGAAGCCCCAGUUGCUGUACGCCAUCAAUGAGAAUCCUGUGUGGUACCUGAGCAUAUUUCUCGCUUUCCAACACUAUUUGACAAUGAUUGGAGCGAUUGUGUCGAUUCCAUUUAUCCUAACGCCGGCGCUCUGCAUGUCCGAUGAGGAUCCCAACCGUGGCAUCAUCAUAUCCACAAUGAUCUUUGUGACCGGCAUUGUGACGUACUUCCAGGCGACUUGGGGCGUCCGCUUGCCCAUAGUCCAGGGCGGAACCAUAUCGUUCCUAGUCCCGACGCUGGCCAUUCUCGCACUGCCGCAAUGGAAAUGCCCGCCUGCAGCUGAGCUGGAUGCCAUGAAUGAGGAGGAGCGCAAUGAACUCUGGCAGAUACGCAUGCGCGAGCUGUCCGGCGCGAUUGCGGUGUCGGCCAUGGUGCAGGUCAUCCUGGGCUAUACGGGACUAGUUGGCAAGAUCUUAAAGUAUGUAACGCCGCUGACGAUUGUGCCAACGGUUUCGCUGGUGGGUCUAACGCUCUUCGAGCACGCUGCGGAAACGGCCUCCAAGCACUGGGGCAUUGCAGUGGGAACCACAGGAAUGCUGACGCUUUUCUCGCAAAUCAUGUGCGAUGUUUCCAUUCCGGUGGUUGCCUACCGCAAGGGCCAUGGGCUGGAGGUGCGUAAGUUUCAGCUGUUCCGUCUGUUCCCCGUGCUGCUGACCAUCAUAAUCAUGUGGGGCCUUUGCGGCAUUCUCACGGCCACAGACGUCUUUCCACCGUCGCAUCCCUCGCGCACAGAUGUGCGGCUGAAUGUGCUGACGAGUGCCAAGUGGUUCUAUGUGCCGUAUCCGGGCCAGUUCGGAUGGCCCUCGGUCACGUUGUCCGGCGUCCUUGGCAUGCUGGCCGGCGUGCUGGCUUGCACGGUGGAAUCGCUGAGCUACUAUCCCACAGUUUCCCAAAUGGCCGGCGCCCAAUCCCCACCGCUGCACGCCAUUAACCGAGGCAUCGGCACCGAGGGUCUGGGCACAGUUCUGGCCGGCCUCUGGGGCGCUGGCAAUGGCACAAACACCUUCGGCGAGAAUGUGGGCGCCAUUGGCGUGACCAAGAUAGGUUCGCGGCGCGUCAUUCAGUGGGCUGCUUUCAUAAUGGUGCUGCAGGGCAUCAUAGGCAAAUUUGGCGCCAUAUUCAUCCUAAUUCCCGACUCGGUGGUGGGAGGAAUAUUUUGUGUCAUGUUUGGCAUGAUCAUCGCCUUCGGUCUGUCCACACUGCAGUAUGUGGACCUGCGCUCCGCGAGAAACCUCUACAUUCUCGGUCUAUCGAUAUUCUUCCCCAUGGUCUUGUGUCCCUGGAUGCAGCAGCAUCCGGGCGCCAUCAAUACGGGCAAUGAGACCGUCGACUCCACCCUCUCCGUGCUGCUGGGAACCACUAUUUUGGUGGGUGGCUUACUGGGCUGCUUUCUGGACAAUAUAAUUCCAGGCACACCAGCUGAGCGCGGACUCAUUGACUGGGCCAAUGAGAUGCCUCUGGGAGACGACAACAUCAACGAUGGCACUGCCACGGAUUACGACUUCCCCUACGGCAUGGACACCAUACGGAAAUGGAAGUGGACCUACUACAUACCUUUCAUGCCCACCUACAAGCUCAAGAAGCAGAACUAAGAGAUAUUUCCCUCACCAGUGGCGCAAAUACUUAAAGCAGAUCGGAUAGAUUAAAGAAUAAUAUGUUUUACGUUAACGAUUGUAUUCAUACGUGAUGUUUAUUGGUUUCUGUUUAAAAUGUUUGCAUUCGCUCUCAUGCAUUAUUACAUUAUCGUACGUUCAAUUUUCUAA